UAUUUUCUCACAGAUGAUGUUACGAGUAUCAAUUUUGAUCUUUGGAACGACACACAAACAUACUGGAUAAAAAUAAAGUAAAAGAUAAUUAAAUGUAUUGAAGGCAAAUAUUACGAGUUGAAUUUUAAUUGUAAUUAUGAACAGCUUAAGAAUUUUUGGUCUUAGGACGAUAAAUAAAUUACGUACUGACAGAAGAUGUAUCGCUUCAAUAGCAAGUCUACCAGAAACUCAUCGCAUGCUUCAAAAAACCGUGAGAGAUUUUGCGGAAGCUGAGUUGAAACCGAUUGCGGGACAACUUGACAAAGAGCACAAAUAUCCAGCGGAGCAGAUAAAAAAGAUGGGAGAGCUGGGAUUAAUGUCGAUAGCGACAUCAGAAUCUCUUGGAGGCACUGGUUUGGAUUACAUGGCCUACGUGAUUGCCAUGGAAGAAGUAUCUCGCGGAUGUGCCAGCGCUGGUGUAAUUAUGAGCGUAAAUAAUUCAUUGUAUUUGGGUCCGAUCGAGAAGUUUGGUACUGAAAAGCAGAAAGAAAAAUACGUAACACCAUUUACAGACGGUACUAAAGUAGGAUGUUUCGCACUGAGUGAGCCUGGAAAUGGUUCUGAUGCUGGUGCAGCAUCGACAGUUGCUAAAAAAGAAGCUGAUGGCUACCGAAUCAAUGGAACCAAGUGCUGGAUCACUAACGCCAAUGAAGCUAACGGUAUUGUACUGUUUGCUACAACUGAUAAAUCAAAAAAACACAAAGGAAUCAGUGCAAUAAUUGUCGAUUCACCAACAAAAGGUCUGGAGAUUGGUAAGAAAGAAGAUAAACUGGGCAUUCGUGCAAGCAGUACUUGUUCAUUGAUGUUUGAAGACUGUCUAGUACCACCAGAAAAUAUUCUUGGUGAACCCGGUAUGGGUUUCAAAAUAGCCAUGAUGUCUCUUGAUGCCGGGAGAAUUGGAAUUGCAAGCCAAGCACUUGGAAUCGCUCAAGCUUCACUUGACUGUGCCGUCGAGUACUCAAGCAAACGUAUGGCAUUUGGUAAUCCGAUAGUCAAAUUACAGGCAAUCCAACAAAAAAUCGCCGACAUGGCAUUAAGACUUGAAAGCGCGAGAUUAUUGACAUGGCGAGCUGCUCAUCUCAAAGACACCAGUAAACCAUUUACCAAAGAAGCCGCGAUGGCUAAAUUAGCAGCUUCCGAGGCCGCGACUUUCUGCUCGCAUCAGUGCAUUCAAAUUCUCGGUGGCAUGGGUUACGUGUCUGAUAUGCCGGCAGAACGUCAUUACAGAGAUGCCAGGAUCACUGAAAUUUAUGAAGGGACUUCUGAAAUUCAGCGACUUGUCAUUGCUGGUAAUAUCGUCAAAGAAUACGGAGUCUCUGGUUGAUAAGAAUCUCAAAUUUAUAUUUUUUAAGACCCACAGCCUUGAUACAUAUUUUUAUGAUAUUGAUUAAGAAAAAAAAUUUAUGAAAUGAAGAUAUUUUUUAUACUGAGAUUUAAAAAAUUUUUAAAUCUAUAUAUCGAUCAAUGCAAUUUUAAGUUAUAAGUGACGUUUAUAAAUAUUUUUUUUAUAUAUACAAAUAUAUGUAUACAUUUAUGGUAUGAAGAAAAAAAAUGGAAAAGGGAAAAGGAAGACUAUAAAUAAAUCGAGAUGUUUUUAUAUAUAUUAUAUAUAUGAUAUUAAAAGAUUUUAAGGAAUCAAUAAACACUUUGUGAUUUGCUAUAGAUACUCUUGAAUUUUAUUAGCCUCACGAUCACGUGACUUUGACAUUGUAUAUCCUAUUUUAUAUUUAAUUGUACACAUGUAUGUACAUUUACAUACAUUUUAUAAGGAUUAAAUCGUCGGAGCUUUGGCAGCAUUGUGGUGAACACGGACCACAAUUAUAACUCUUUAAUUUAUUAUUUAUUAAUUAAUAAUAUUUAUUUCAAUUCAAUUGUAAUUUUUUUUUACCUCAAUUUAAUUAAGAACAGAUUAAUUUUUGCUAAAUUAAUUAAUGAGUUAAUUACUAGGACACAAAUAGACUUAUUGCGCACAGUGAAAUUCAAUAAAAUAGUAACGAUCACAUUUUAUUUAUUAACUUUUUUUUUUAUAACGACUUUUGACGAAUUAUUUAUUUUGCUAUCGUGUAAGCACAAGCCUUUUCUUCAAUUCAAUUCAAUUGAUCAAUUAAUUAUUUAUCUCUGACUAUUUUUAAACUCUACCCAUUUAUCUGUUUAAACAUUUUAUCAACAUGAAUUACAACUGACGAGAAAAAAAUUUUAAUCCAUUAAAUAAAAUUGGUAUUGACUUACAUUUAUCUAGAGAAAAAUAAUUUAAUUCAGAGAGAGAUACCUGUUACAGAUUUCAACUUUUAUUACUACAGUUAUUUUUUUUUUAGAAUAAUAUUUUGUUGUGCAGAUGACAAUUACGAUCUACUUUUUACCUUUUCUUUAACUUUAAAUACUGAAUGCAGUAUUCCAAAAAAAUUUUUGAAAAAUUUGAAUAUUCUAGACUUCAAAACGUGAGACGACGAUUAACUUUUUUUAAAAAUUUUUAAACUUUUGAAAAUUCAAAGGAAAAAUAAAUAAAUGACAGGGGCAGUUUUUCAAACCGGGUUUUAAUUAUUGCUGAUAUAUUUAUAUAUCAUAAAUGUUUCGAUAUCCCAGCAAUAUUAAUUUAAGCCCGGGUAAAAAGAAACCCCAUUUGUAAAACUGGCCCUUAAUAGUAAAAAAAAAGUUUAAAAUCAGUUUUUACUGACCGUAAUUCGCACUAAAAAAAAUGAUAAAAUUUAUCAUUUUAAAUGGAGAAUCAAAAAAAGUUUACAAGAGUCUAAAAAAAUUUUUUUAGUAACAAGUCAAUGUUUUCUUUGUAUUGUCAGAAGUUUAAAAAAAGUUUGUCGUUGUGUCACUUCUUGAAGUUUAGAAUAAACUUUUUUUACACGGGUAAUUAACUACAUUACUUUAAUUAUUUUAUUAAAUUUCUUAGACCGGUUUAAGAUAAUCCUCCGCUAAUAAUACAAGCAUUAAUCGGCUUAAAUAAUUAUAAUUUAAAAUAAUAAACUAGAUAAUUAAUAACAGUAAUAGUAAUUAGUAAUUAGUGAUUAAAUUCACAGAGAUCGUAAUGUAUUCAAUUGUAUAUAUAUUGGUAGCAAGUACUCUCUCAUCGGAAUGCAAACGAAGCUAAUUAACGCACGCAUCAUCAUCAUCAUCUCCAUUAUCAUUAUCAUAUAUUUAAAUCCCUUUGAAUUUCAUUGUUGCUUCUUAUUUAUCUUCUUCUUUAAUCUUUCAGUAAUUUUUUUACUAUUAUUAUUAUAUAUAUGUACAACGUCUUGCUCUUAUUUAAUUUUUUAUCAUAAUAAUUUUCAUAAAACCCCAACACAUCUCUUUGUUAAAACUCUUUACUCUAUUCCAUAAGUUUGUUUUGUUUGUUUGUUUGUUUAUUUAUUUUCUUAAAUCUUUUAUUCUUUAAAACUUUACAUAAUACCCGCGUUCGUAAUAAACUCACGCUCAGACGCAGAUUAAUUUACAUUUAUAGAGAAAUAAAUUUAAAUAUCUAAAUAUUUAUUAAAUAUCUCUAAUUAUCUUUCGUAAAUAAAUCGAAUAAUUAUAAUUUAUAUUUUAAAUAUAAAGCAGCCGACAUUCAUUUAACUUUGAUAUAAAUUUAUUUAUAUCUUUUAUUUUAUUGAUUUAUUUAUAAAUCGCAACUCGCGAGUCAAAGAAAAAUUUAUUUUACCAUAAGAUUAUUAUUAUUAUUGUUGCAAUCGAUAUACAAUUAAACGUGAUAAUUAAUAAUUGAUAAUUAAUUUUCAAAAUUCAUCCUAACGAAAUUUUUUUUCCACUAUUAUCAUCAUUACAAUUUAUUAUUAAUUAUGAUUCAUUUUUAUAAUUUUUUUUACUUUCAUAUCGUUGACGUAA